GUCCCAGCCAAGAGCUCCAGUAACGACAUGACACCACCACACCAACCACAACCAUGAGUGGCGCUCCGCGGUUACAACGAGGCUUCACGGCGGCGAGCACCUCGUCGCCAUGGGCGUGCCUGCAGUGCCUACGCGCGCGCCCGCAGCCGACCCAGACGACGCACUUUACGAGCGCUCUACGACGCAACAUUGCAAGCUCCACGACGCGAGCAGCGCAGCAGUCUCGCGCGCAGGCGCAGGGCCAGGCAUAUUCAGAGUCUAUGGCCAAGGUCCGGGCCCAUUAUGACAAGAAAAACAAGACGGUCAUGUACUACACAAUAAGUGCAAUUCUGGGAACCGUUGCCUUCUCCUACGGCUCAGUGCCACUGUACAAGAUGAUCUGCCAAACCACCGGCUGGGGAGGUCAGCCCAUCCGCGCCCAUGGUCCCGACGACACCGAAGGCGAUAUCUCGAGUCGCGUCAUCCCCGUCACCAACGCCAAACGCAUCAAAGUCACGUUCAACGCCUCGAUAUCGGACACGCUGCCCUGGAAGUUUGUUCCUCAGCAGCGUGAAGUGCGCGUGCUACCCGGUGAAACCGCACUCGCCUUCUACAAAGCCACAAACCAUGGCGAUAAAGACAUUAUCGGCGUGGCCACGUAUAGCGUCACGCCGGCCCAAUGUGCCCCGUACUUCAGCAAGAUUCAGUGUUUCUGCUUCGAGGAGCAGAGGCUCAAUGCGGGCGAGACGGUCGACAUGCCUGUCUUCUUCUAUCUGGACCCUGACCUGCUGAACGAUUUGAACAUGAAGGGGGUCGAGACAGUCACGUUGAAUUAUACCUUCUUUAAAGCGAGGUACGACAACAAUGGUAGAUUCCAGCCACCGGCAACAGUGUAGAGACUUGUUGGCUGUUGGCCAGUGUAUCAUAGAAAUGUACACUACGUAUAUAGACAAUGUAAAACAACACUCUGGAUCCAAUACGAAGAGAUCUCAUUCGCGCCUCUCAAGCAACUCACGCAGCCUCUGCUACAUGAUAUCAGGCCAUGGUUUGAGCAUCCUCGAGUCCUGGACUCACCCCAAAUGCGGACGAGAGCAGGUGGGGUC